UUACGCAAGGACGCACCAACUUCAGAGCGCUCCUCCACUUUCCAUACAGCUCAGUUGUUGGAUAUUUACAACACAACCAUGGCAGUCUUGAUAAGAAAUGAAGUUUUCUCCUGUUUUGUUUUCUACGGCGUAAUUCUCGUGAUGAAAAUUUACAUUAUAGCGAUAAUAACGGGACAAGUGAGGCUGCGCAAAAAGGCUUUUGCCAACCCCGAGGACGCGCUGAGACACGGAGGUGUACAGUAUCACAGAGAGGACCCAUAUGUGGAAAGAUGCCGGAGAGCUCAUAUUAACGACAUAGAGAACAUCCUCCCCUUCCUCUUCCUGGGUGCUAUCUACUCCAUGACUGGACCCUCACUGACCGUGGCCCGUCUCCACUUCCUGGUCUUCCUCAUGGCUCGUGUGCUGCACAGCAUCGCCUACCUGUUUGCCCUGCGAGCACCGACCCGCUCUCUGGCCUACACCGUCGCACAGAUACCUUGUCUCUCUAUGGCUCUGCAGAUCCUCAUUGCAGUCGCAGCGUAUGCCUGAACAUCCAGGCAAUGAGGGACUGAGCUAGAGAUGCUGUUCUGGCAAGAAAGAUUUCAAUCUGUGACAUUUUUCAGGAGGAUGCAGGAGAGGCUUUCUGGGAGGGAGAGCGUACAAGACAGUCAGUGUCAGAGUGCAAUAUUAAGCUGUGUGAUAACACCAUAGCUGGGGGUUGUGAGAUACUGUCAGUAUUUUUAUUGUUUUAUUUACAACAUUUAAAUGUGAGAAUGUCCUAAAAGUCAUUUGAAGUUGACAUCUUGUACUGUACUAUUUAAAAUGCAAAUGAAGUUUGUUGCUCGUUUUGUUGAAAUGACCUGAUUGAAUUUAAAACUCCCCCGACAGACAGUUGUGGACAUUUAGUUUAAAAGCCACGUUGACAUAUUCCCCUCUUUGCUCCCAUUUUGUGUUUACACACAACUCAGACCACCAUUCAUGUGGUGUUGUAUCCCCCGGGGCUUCAGCUGCUUCAUGCGUGGAUGUUCAACAAACAGCAUGAUGACGGAUGACGUGUCGAGACAUUUAAGACCACUGAGUGAAAUACAGUUUGAUGCUUUUACUGUGUGUGUGAACAUAUCACUCAGGUUAACAUUUUAGGGAAGAAGAAAGGAAUCCUAACACUGAGUUUGGACUGAGAAUAAAACUCACUUAUCUGUGAAAACAUAUUUCGAGGCUACUUUUAAAGUAUUGCAAUAAUAAUUUAUUAUUCAAUUUAAUGUAUACAGUGAUGUUUUUGAACCCCCAGAUGCAUUUUGGAGGCAAUAAAACAAUUAACACAUGAAA